AUGGACGGUGUCUCCCUGGUGGCAUCCAUGCCGCACUUCUAUUUAGGAGCAGAGGAAUAUUACAAUAAAUCCGUCUUGGAAGGAUUGGAGCCAUGGGAAGAAUGGCACCAGACUUUCAUCGACAUCGAGCCGAGUGCAGCCCUGACCAAGGAGCUGGCCGACGAAUUCUACAAUCGAAUCAUUCUACCUCAAGAAGUGCUGGCGAUCGGGUCGUGGACGGCCGUCGGCGUCGGACUCCUCACUGUCGUAGUGGUGGGAGCCAUCACCGUUCGAGAAUAUCGGAGGAGAGGAUUUCGUCCCUAUUAAGCCCUCCGAGACCGGUCGAUCUGCGGGGUUACCCAUUGAGGCUACACAAAGUCUCCAUGUGAUACUAUUAUUUUAAAAAAAGGGAGAACUCGACAUGGAAUCGAUCAUACCGUAUCCAUACGGCAUCCAUACCGCAAUUUAAACAGAAAUAAGAUAUUCGUAUGAAGAUGCUUUGGCAAUCUGUUGAUUCUUCCUACCUCGACGGGCAUCAUAAUAAAUAUUUUUGACAUAUCUUCUGAAUCGGUUGCUGAAACUCGAUAGGCAGGACAAAUGAAUACCAGAGGGGCGAAUUUCAUUGAUCCAAUGAAGUUAUGGCUGUUGCCAUGAUGUUUGCAUACGUAUUGUACGUUUCCAUUGCUGUGAUCAUAUCUCUAUCUAUGUUCAUUGACGUAUGCGGUCUGAGCUGUAUAAAG